AUGUUUGCACAGACCGUGUCCAGUAUAGCUGAACUGGUAAUUCCUACAGCUUCAAUACCAGCAGUAGGAUACACUAUUAACCCAUACAUGCAGCUCCCUUAUUACGGUAUAUCCACUACAGCUCAGGAUACACAGCAAGCUGAUAAACCGGGUGUAAAUAAAUCAUCAAAUUCACAGGCUACACAGGAUGAUACAUCAGAUGAUGAUAGCUCUAUGUACUCUGCUUCAUCAUGUCAAGAACAGGUGGAAGAUGAAUGUAACAGAAGGAAUAUCUCGGUAGAAAAUCUAAUUUCAUCUUCAGGUUGUAAAAUAGAAGCUGAUGACAUCACACAAGAUUCUCCUGGAGAAACCCCUACUGCCCUACUUGUACCUCCUGUACCUCACAAUGUGCUUGUGUCAUGUGGUCCCUCUAAUCAAAGGGAAUGUUCUGAUAACACUGAUAUUGGGUCAUCUUCUACAGCUCUGACAGUAGAUAAAAUAUUUCCCUGUUCUAUAGAUGACAGAUGUUUUACACAGACCGCACAGCUUAUAACCAAUCAUCCAGCUAAGGGAGGUGAGAAACCAUUUCCAUGUUCUGAGUGUGGGAAAUGUUUUACCGAUAAAUCAAAUCUUGUUACACAUCAGAGAAGUCACACAGGUGACAAGCCAUUUCCAUGUUCUGAGUGUGGGAAAAGUUUUACAUACAAGUCACAUCUUGUUGCACAUCAGAGAAGUCAAACAGGCGAGAAGCCAUUUCCAUGUUCUGAGUGUGGGAAAUGUUUUAAACACAAGUCAGUUCUUGUUAAACAUCAGAGAAGUCACACAGGUGAGAAGCCGUUUCCAUGUUCACAGUGUGGGAAAUGUUUUGCUGAUAAAUCAAAUCUUGUUAAACAUCAGAGAAGUCACACAGGUGACAAGCCAUUUCCAUGUUCUGAGUGUGGGAAAAGUUUUACAUACAAGUCACAUCUUGUUGCACAUCAGAGAAGUCAAACAGGCGAGAAGCCAUUUCCAUGUUCUGAGUGUGGGAAAUGUUUUAAACACAAGUCAGUUCUUGUUAAACAUCAGAGAAGUCAAACAGGCGAGAAGCCAUUUCCAUGUUCUGAGUGUGGGAAAUGUUUUAAACACAAGUCAGUUCUUGUUAAACAUCAGAGAAGUCACACAGGUGAGAAGCCAUUUCCAUGUUCACAGUGUGGGAAAUGUUUUGCUGAUAAAUCAAAUCUUGUUAAACAUCAGAGAAGUCACACAGGUAACAAGCCAUUUCCAUGUUCUGAGUGUGGGAAAUGUUUUACCUGGAAAUCACGUCUAUUUCUACAUGAGAGAAUACAUACAGGUGAGAAGCCAUUUCCAUGUUCUGAGUGUGGGAAAAGUUUUACAUACAAGUCACGUCUUGUUACACAUCAGAGAAGUCACACAGGUGAGAGGCCAUUUCCAUGUUCUGAGUGUGGGAAAUGUUUUACAUGGAAAUCACUUCUAUUUCUACAUGAGAGAAUACAUACAGGUGAGAAGCCAUUUCCAUGUUCUGAGUGUGGGAAAAGUUUUACAUACAAGUCACGUCUUGUUACACAUCAGAGAAGUCACACAGGUGAGAGGCCAUUUCCAUGUUCUGAGUGUGGGAAAUGUUUUACACAUAAAUCAAAUCUUGUUCUACAUGAGAGAAUACAUACAGGUGAGAAGCCAUUUCCAUGCUCACAGUGUGGGAAAUGUUUUACUGAUAAAUCAAAUCUUGUUAAACAUCAGAGAAGUCACACAGGUGAAAAGCCAUUUCCAUGUUCUGAGUGUGGGAAACGUUUUACACACAAGUCACAUCUUGUUGCACAUCAGAGAAGUCACACAGGUGAGAGGCCAUUUCCAUGUUCUGAGUGUGGGAAAUGUUUUACACACAGCUCAAGUCUUGUUAAACAUCAGAGACGUCACACAGGUGAGAAACCAUUUCCAUGUUCUGAGUGUGGGAAAUGUUUUACUGAUAAAUCAGAUCUUGUUACACAUCAGAGAAGUCACACAGGUGACGAGCCAUUUCCAUGUUCUGAGUGUGGGAAAUGUUUUACAUACAACUCACGUCUUGUUAAACAUCAGAGAAGUCACACAGGUGAGAAACCAUUUCCAUGUUCUGAGUGUGGGAAAUGUUUUACCGAUAAAUCAUAUCUUGUUACACAUCAGAGAAGUCACACAGGUGAUAAACCAUUUCCAUGUUCUGAGUGUGGGAAAAGUUUUACCGAUAAAUCACAUCUUGUUACACAUCAGAGAAGUCACACAGAUGACAAGCCAUUUCCAUGUUCUGAGUGUGGGAAAAGUUUUACACAGAAGUCACAUCUUGUUGCACAUCAGAGAAGUCACACAGGUGAGAAACCAUUUCCAUGUUCUGAGUGUGGGAAAUGUUUUAGAGAUAAAUCAUCUGUUGUUAGACAUCAGAAACUUCACACACAUGAGAAUGUGUAACAUGACAGUAAUCGAAUCUUGAUAAAACUAUACUUUAUUAACACUAUAUAAAAUUUGUAUAUAUGCAGAUGGAAAGUUAUUUAUCUUACAAAUAAAUCUAAUUUCUCACAUAUUUUUUGUUAAA